AUGGCUGAAACACCAGAGAAACCCCUCCUGGAUUACAUCACUCCUGAUGCUAGCAUUGUCACUACAAGCAUUGUGAGGCUAGAGAUUUCCGGGAACCAGUAUGAGAUCCGGUCAGCAUUUUUCAACUGGAUCGCUCAGGACCAAUUUCAUGGUAUUGAGAAUGAGAGCCCAACCGAUCACAUUAAUCUGCUCAUUGACAAGUGUAUGACACACAAGUACAACAACGUCACCUCCGAUCAAUUAAUGUUAAUAGUUUUCCCUUUUUCUCUUGCGGGGGCGGCUAAGCAGUGGCUUCGCGAGGAAGAACCCAACUCCAUUGCUACUUGGGAGGCUCUGAAAAGGGCAUUCUUGCAUCGAUAUUACCCACCCGAAAAAACUUCAAAGUACCAAAAUGAGAUCUCUACUUUCAAGCAAAAAGACGGAGAAUCACUCUAUGAUGCAUGGGAGAGAUUUAAAAGUCUAAUCAGAAAGUGCCCACAUCACGGAUUACCGGAUUGGAUGGUUAUUGAGACAGUCUACAAUGCUUUGAGGCAUGAGAUCCAGACUUCUUUGCAUGCUGCUGCUGGGGGUAACUUCAUGAUGAAAACACUGAACCAGGCCAACAAAAUUCUUGAUGAUAUGGCCUCAAAUUACCACUGGCGAGAACAAUCAACUCCAAGGCGAGGUGGUAGGUUUGAAGUGGAUGCUAUUGUUGCUUUGACUAAUAAUGUACAGGCUUUGACAAGGAAGGUUGAGCAAUUGGAUGUAGCUGCAGUAAAUAAAGUUUGUGGUGCUUGUGGCUUAAAUGGGCAUUCUAGUGUUGACUGCCAACUUCAAGCCGAAGGGGUUGCUGCUGUGGAACAAGUCAAUGCCAUUCAAAAUCAGAAUGCGAGACAACAAUAUAACCCCUAUUCCAACACCUUCAAUCCAGGAUGGAGGGAUCAUCCAAAUUUUUUCUACAGAAACAACAAUGCACAAAAUCCCUCAUCCUCGUACAACAUACCAUCGGGUUUCCAACAAAGACCUCCCUUCCCACCUCAACAACAGCAUCCUCCGAAGUCCAACCUUGAAAGUUUGAUAGAGAACUUUAUCGCUACCCAAAGCAAGCAAAAUGAACACUUCAGCACCUCCAUUAAUCAGAUUUUGGCUCACAACAAAAUGAUCGACACUCAGAUGGCUCAGAUGGCACAGAAAUUGAGUAACUUAUCCAUGCAAAAGGGGCAACUUCCGGGAAACACUGAAAAGAACCCAACCACAUCCCCCCAUCAGCAACUCAAUGCAGUAACUACGAGGAGUGGUAGGACACUUCAUGAUCCAGCCCCUAAAGUAAAAACUUCACCUAUUGUUGUUCAAGAUCCAGGAACUAUUGAUGAUGUUUCUGAAGAAAAGAAGGAUGAGCCAGUCAAUUCAGACAAGCCCAUAAUUGCCGAUCGAACCUACACACCACCAGUGCUAUUUCCUUCUAGAUUGGCCCAGGCGAAGCUUGAGCAUAAAUAUGGAAAAUUUCUUCAAUGCAAGGUUCCUAAGAAACAAGCUGAUCCUGGUAGUUUUACUAUCCCACUGAAGUUGGGGAACGAUGUGUCUGCUGUAGCCCUUGCUGAUUUAGGGGCUAGUGUGAGUGUGAUGCCGUUAACAUUAUGCAAAAAGAUUAAUGGCGAGAUGAAAGCCACUCGGAUGUACAUACAAUUAGCCGAUCGAUCUGUGAGAUACCCAGUUGGUAUUCUUGAGGAUUUCCCCGUCCAAGUUGGUAAUUACUUCGUACCCUGCGAUUUCGGCAUUAUGGAUAUGGAAGAGGAUGCCCGCAUUCCGGUGAUUUUGGGUCGCGGCUUUUUAAAGACUACAACAGCCAUUUUUGAUGUGAAGAAUGGAAAGUUAUCACUUGAGAUUUUGGGAGAACAGCUGCAUUUCCAUCUCCCCUUAUCCAUGGCACAUCCUGCCAUUGGGGAGACUGUCUAUCGGAUGGAUGCGAUAGCUGAUGCUACUACAGAGAGGGAGUCCACACCCUCCAUUGUUGAUCCACUUUAUGCAGCUAUUGAAGGCAACUAUGAUAAGGAUAGGGCCGAUGUGAUUGAGAUGGUCCAAGUUUUAGAUGCUGCACCUACAUUUGUUCCUGCAAAAGCUGAGUUUGAGGACAUCCCACCUUGGAAGGUGUCCACCAUUGAGGAACGAAAGGAGUGUACUACGCCUCCUCAGGAUAAUGACACUUACCCUGUUAUUGUCAAUGCUGAACUCAAUAGCACUCAAAUUGAACGAUUGCUCACAGUUCUGAAAAAGUAUAAGAGUGUUAUUGGGUACACUAUUGAUGACAUCAAGGGUAUCAAUCCCUCAUUUUGCACUCAUAAGAUUUUUCUUGAAGAUGAUCAUACCUCUUCUAUAGUACCACAACGAAGUUCUUAA